AUGAAUCGUGCAAGAUCGGCUACGCGCAGCGGUCAUCAGCCACAAACAAUCAAACCAACAUAUGGAGUGCCUCUUCCUCAAAAUCGUGUAUCGCGUACUCACUUGCUGGGCAGUAAAUCCACCUCACAUUUUCUGUUGAAAAAGCUGAAAUUAGAUCCUUGGCAACGAGUACUUGAUGGUGAUAAGCGACCUGUUUAUAGUCAGGAAGGUUUUCAAUUGAUGCAAAAUAAACAAAAUGUAGAUGCUGUUAUAUCCGAUGAUUUUUUUACCAUAAAAGACGAAAUAAUAUCGCUCGAUAACGAUACGCAACAGUCAUUAUUGCCACCACCAAUUAAGGCUCAUAUCGAUCAUUUAGUUGAACAAGUUGAUGAUUUAACGUUAUUAUUAGAAGAAGAACGACUUAAUCAUAAACAAACACGUCAUAGGUCUGAAGAAAAUCUUAUCAAUCAAUUUCGUAUCCAAAGUGAAAAAUACAAUGAUAGAAUUAAUCAGAUAGUAGUAAAUCACAAUAAUAUGCUUGAAAAUUUACAUUCCAAACACAGCCAAGAAAUAAUGGAAGAACAAGCAAAAGCUGAUGCUAGAGAAAGCUACAUACAAAAAGAAAUGGAUUAUGUUAAAAGUUCAUUUCACACAUAUAAAAUAACUUUAGAAAAGGAAAAUGAGGAAAAAAUACAUUUAAAAAGUGAAGAGUUGAUGAAAAAAAUGCGUGAUCAAAUGAAUAUAAAAGAAGAACAAUUAAAUCGAAAAAUAAAUGAUCAGAUAAUGAAAGAAAGAAAAAAUAUCGCUGCACGACAAAAAAUGGAAAUUGAAAAUAUACGAAAACAGCAUCAGAAAGAAGUUGAGACCAUUCAUAAAACGUUUGCUGAUACAGCUUAUGAUCGGGCAAAAACUGAAUCGCUGAGUAAAGAAUUAACAUCGGCAAAAUUAGAUUUAGAUGAUUAUAAAGAACGAACUAUUUUAUUAUCAACAAAACUGAAAGAUCUAGAAAUUCAGCAUGUUCAGUGUAUGCGUGAGUUGAAUGAAUUUCGAACACGUUUUGAUGAGAAGACGAAGGAAAUCGAAAAAAUAUAUACCGAUCGUAUCGAUAGUUUAAAUUUACAAAAUGCUGACUUAAGACAUUUGUUUAUGAAAAAAUGUGCUGAAGUAAUUGAUGAAAGAAAUUUAACAAAGCACAAGAUUGACGAGCAAGUUAAAUUAUCAAAGAUACAAUUACGACAACCACAAACUCCUGCAUUAAAUAUUAUCACAUCUCAAUCACUUCUACCCACAUCAUCCACCGAUCAGCAAAAUCGGUGUCAUUCUGCUUUAACUGCUCCUAAUUCGUCUUCAUUGUCAUUUUACAAUAAUAGUCGAACAAAUUUUGAAUCAGACAACGUUCAACAAUCAGCAAAAUUGCGACGUCGAUUAAGUGAUCCAAUCACAGAAGAAGAACAAGAUAUUGUUCGAUAUUAUUCAAGUCGAGCUUAUAACCAAAAUAAAAAAUCAAAAGUUAGUUUUGAAAAUGAACAUCAGUUAAUUGGAAAUACAAGUUUAACCGAAUCACGAGAGAAUUUUGAUCGAUCAAAUGCUAUUACACCAUUGGAUCAUGACGAAAAUGAUGAUAUAGGUGUUAAAUUAGAAUAA